AUGCGCCUGACCACUUUUGCGCUCGCCGCCGCACCGCUCGCGGCCACCGUCUCGGCGUUCCACAUCCCGACCGUCCAGGAUGCGUUUGAGUCGGCCCAGUCGUUGCUCGAGGACAUGACCCCAGCAAGCGACAUUACCCUCGCCAGUGUCCCCGUCGACGAUUUUUUUGUGCUCCAGUCGGCUCACCAUCCUAACCACAAGGUCCGUAUCAAGAGCACCGACGGAUGGUGUGAUCCCGACGUGCGCUCGUACUCUGGAUACCUCGACGUUGGCGGCGGCAAGGACCUGUGGUUCUCCUUCUUCGAGUCGCGCGGCGACCCGGCCACGGACCCCGUUAUCAUGUGGAUCAACGGCGGCCCCGGCUGUUCGUCGGCCCUGGGCUUGCUCAUGGAGCUCGGCCCGUGCUCCGUCGCCGACGACCCCAAGACCAGCAACGACACAAAGGUCAACCCGUACAGCUGGAACAACAAUGCCAACAUCUUCUUCCUGGACGAACCGGUCAACGUCGGCUUCUCCAAGGCUCGCCAUGGGCAGGUGGUCGGCACGGCCGAGGAGGCUGGGCAGGACAUUGCGGCGUUUGUCUCGAUCUUCUUUGACACGUUCAAAGAGUUCCAGGGCCGCGAGUUCCACAUGGCUGGCGAGUCUUACGGCGGCCGUUACCUGCCGAUCUUUGCGUCGGCGGUCUAUGAUAACAACAGGAACCUCGUCGCUGCUGGCAAGGAGCCCAUCAACCUGCAGAGUGUCAUGAUUGGAAACGGCGUCUCGGACCUGUUUGCCACGACCGAGUCAUACUUCCCUUACCAAUGCACCGUGCACGCCGACCUCAACCAAACGGUCCAGUCGAUCGAGAACUGUGUGGCCAUGGCCGAGGCCGUGCCCAAGUGCCACCGCCUGGCGCUGCGCGGCUGCCUCGACUCGCGCGACCCCACCGAGUGCUUUAUCGCGCUGUCCUACUGCGAAGAGACGCUCGGCUCGUCGUUCCUCCAGGCCGGCGUGAACCCUUACGACGUUAGCAAGAAGUGCACGCUCGAGGAACUGGCCGAUUCGCUGUGCUACCCCGAGACCAAGAAGAUCAAGACGUACCUCGACCUGCCCGACACCCGCCGCCGCCUGGGUAUUGACAAGCACGAGGGCCCCUGGAACAGCUGCGACAAUGGUGUCUUUGCCGCGUUCCAGAACUCGCUGGAUUCCGCCGGCAAGACGUGGCUGUACGUCGCCGCGCUCCUCGAGCGAGGUGUGCGCGUCCUCAACUACGCCGGUACUCUGGACUUUAUCUGCAACCACAUCGGCAACGAGGUCUGGAUGGAGGACAUGCAGUGGACCGGCCAGAAGCAGUACAACGCCGCGCAGCUCGAGGACUGGACCGUCGACGGCGAGCUGGCCGGCCAGUUCAAGACCCACGGCCACCUCACUCUCCUCAAGGUCUACGGCGCCGGCCACAUGGUGCCCAUGGACCAGCCCAAGAACGCGGCCUCUUUCCUCAAGGACUGGCUCGCGGCCGGCACUGUUGGCCAGUGA